UGUAAGAAGUGUGGUACACAGUCAGAUAUAGAUCAACUUCAGUCAGUUCUAGAGGGCGGUAAACAUUCUGUUGGAUUUCUUAUUAGUGAACGCUUUAUCAAUCUUCCACCACAACUGGCACUGCCACUUCAUAAAAGUUUACAAAAAGAUCUUGGCUCAGCUUCACAUAAAAGUCCGAAGUUUAAUUUUGAUUACUAUUUAAUGAUCAGUAAGACAUUCAAAAAUCCAGAGAGCUCAACAUCAAAGAAAUCCAGCAAACAAGGCAAAGAAUCGACAAAUGAAAUUGCACUCUUUUCAAAUGCGGAGGAAGAAUAUUUUCAUGAGGUAACAACUACUUAAUUUUUAAGUUUAAAUAAAGAUUAUAUCAGUACUGUAUUGUCUAAUUCAUUACAUUUAUUACUUAGCCUACGACACUUGAACCGUUUCAACUCAGUUUCAAGCCUUGUUUGCAGACAGCUCAGAUAAGACCGCUUGUGUGCACAUAUAGUUUAGUGCACAAUUAGACUUAUGAGAGAAAAACAAAUGUGCCUUGCCCAUUGUGGGGUUCAACCCUCUGAUGCCUGCCCUUUUCGAACCACUCCCACAACCUGUGCCCAGGAUCGCUGCAGAUUGAUGUAUGGCGAUAUCUGUUUUUGACAGAAAGUCGAGUGGUUGAGCGGUAAGGCAGGGGUGCCACGAACUACAGCCUUAACUUAGGCGCUGAUUUGAGCCAAAACUCGCACAGGGUUCGGUUUGUAAUAUCUUUUCGUAUAAGGACUUAAAAUAGAGGUACAGUGUAUACAUCUGGCUGGUUUGCACUUUAAAGAACCCAUUGCCUUCUUUCAGAAGAGUAGGGGGCUACCCCGAUGCUAUGGUUCAUUUCGGCCCAUUAUUGUGCAAUGAUGUGAACACGAAACUACUUGACGACAG